AUUGACAGAGGAACAAAAGAAUGUAAAUCUUCUUCAUUUUCCUUGUACGGACACCUCUUUGCUUUCCCACAACUGUAUAUAAGCACUUAUUUGCCCAUGCGUAUUGUAUCAUGAUAACUUGAGUUCAACCAUAAAAUUUCAUUCAUCUCUCUCUCUCUCUAUCUCUCGACCAAAGAGAUUCACUCACGACAAAAAUGGAGAAAUCAUCAAUCAAGUGCAUGUUCUUCCUUCUCUUCGUAUGUGUCACUGUUAUUUCGCAUUCCAAUGCUGCACCAGGUGAUGGAGAAACCGAGGAUGAACACGAGUUUAAUUACGAGAUGGAGGGGGAGAGGGGGCCGAAGAAUUGGGGGAAGCUGAAGCCGGAAUGGAAAAUGUGCGGGAGAGGGAAGAUGCAAUCUCCCAUUGAUCUCUUGAACAAAAGAGUUAGAAUCGUUUCUCAUCUCGGAAGGCUUAAAAGAGACUACCGUCCCUCCAAUGCCACCCUCAAGAACAGAGGCCAUGACAUGAUGUUGAGAUUCGAAGACGGAGCAGGAAGAAUUCAUGUGAAAGGCAGACCGUACACUCUACGGCAAAUUCAUUGGCAUUCACCAUCUGAACACACUAUCAACGGCAAAAGGUUUGCUCUCGAACUGCAUAUGGUUCAUGAGAGCAAAAAUGGAAGAUUCGCUGUCGUCACCAUUUUAUACAAAAUCGGAAGACCCGACACUUUCCUCCAAUCGUUGGAAAAUGGGUUGGAGGAGGUUUCUGAUAAGCACGAGGCCGAGAAAAACAUCGGAAUCAUCGAUCCUAAAAAGAUUAAAUUUGGGAGCAGAAAAUAUUACAGAUAUAUUGGAUCUCUUACAACUCCUCCUUGUACCCAAAAUGUCGUCUGGACCGUCCUUAAAAAGGUGAGGACCGUCACAAGGGAACAAGUAAGGCUGCUUCGCGUGAGUGUCCAUGAUGAUUCUAAUUCUAAUGCGAGACCGAUUCAACGAAGGAAUAAGCGGCGGGUGUAUCUCUACAGACCCAGAUAUCAUUAAUUAUAAAUGAAAACAAAUGGUCUAUUAAAUAGUUUGAUUAUUUUUUUAAAUGUCUCAGAUUACAAUAAAAGCUUUACUUAUUAUUGUCGAU